CGAGCUCUCGUGUUGUUGUUGUUGUGGUGAUGAUGGCGGCAGGCGCGGAGGCCCCGGACUCCUGGUAUCUGGCUCUGCUCGGUUUCGCCGAACAUUUCCGAACCUCCAGUCCUCCCAAAAUCCGCCUGUGUGUGCACUGCCUGCAGGCCGUCUUCCAGUUCAAGCCGCCGCAGAGAGUGGAGGCCCGCACGCACUUGCAGCUCGGCUCGGUGCUCUACCACCACACGAAGAACAGCGAGUUGGCCCGCACGCACCUCGAGAAAGCGUGGCUUAUCUCACAGCAGCCAGGUGUGCAGGUAGCACAGUUUGAGGAUGUUAAGUUUGAGGCGGCGAGUCUCCUGUCAGAGCUGUACUGCCAGCAGAACUUGGUUGAUUCGGCGAAACCACUGCUUCGGAAGGCCAUCCAGAUCUCACAGCAGACUCCCUACUGGCACUGCAGGCUUCUGUUCCAGCUGGCGCAACUCCACACGCUGGAGAAGGAUCUGGUGUCAGCCUGUGAUCUGCUCGGGGUCGGAGCCGAAUACGCCCGAGUCGUGGGAUCCGAGUACACCAGAGCUCUGUUCCUGCUGAGCAAAGGCAUGCUGCUGCUGAUGGAGCGUAAGCUGCAGGAGGUCCAUCCUCUCCUGACCCUGUGCGGUCAGAUCGUGGAGACCUGGCAGGGAAACCCCAUCCAGAAGGAGUCCCUGCGUGUCUUCUUCCUGGUGCUGCAGGUGACCCAUUACCUGGACGCCGGGCAGGUGAAGAGCGUCAAGCCGUGUCUGAAGCAGCUGCAGCAGUGUAUUCAGACCAUCUCCACACUCCACGACGAUGAAAUACUGCCCAGUAACUCGGCCGAUCUCUUCCACUGGCUGCCCAAAGAGCACAUGUGUGUCCUCGUCUAUCUGGUGACGGUCAUGCACUCGAUGCAGGCUGGAUAUCUGGAGAAAGCUCAGAAGUACACUGAUAAAGCCCUGAUGCAGCUGGAGAAGCUGAAGAUGCUGGACUGCAGUCCUAUCCUGUCCUCGUUUCAAGUCAUUCUGCUGGAGCACAUCAUCAUGUGUCGUCUGGUGACGGGACACAAGGCCACGGCGCUGCAGGAGAUCUCUCAGGUGUGUCAGCUCUGUCAGCAGUCUCCACGGCUCUUCUCCAAUCACGCGGCGCAGCUUCACACACUGCUGGGUUUGUACUGUAUCUCUGUUAACUGUAUGGAUAACGCUGAGGCCCAGUUCACUACAGCACUGAGGCUCACCUCUCAUCAGGAGCUGUGGACGUUCAUCGUUACUAACCUGGCGAGUGUGUACAUCAGAGAGGGAAACAGACAUCAGGAGCUCUACAAUUUAUUAGAGCGAAUAAACCCAGACCACAACUUCCCUGUCAGUUCUCACUGUCUGCGCGCCGCUGCUUUCUACAUCCGGGGCCUUCUGUCCUUCUUCCAGGGACGAUACAAUGAAGCCAAGCGUUUCCUGCGUGAGACGCUGAAGAUGUCGAAUGCAGAGGAUCUGAAUCGUCUGACAGCCUGCUCUCUGGUGCUGCUGGGACACAUAUUCUACGUGCUGGGGAACCACAGAGAGAGCAACAACAUGGUGGUUCCUGCGAUGCAGCUGGCCAGUAAGAUCCCAGACAUGUCUGUCCAGCUCUGGUCAUCAGCUCUGCUCAAGGAUCUGAACAAGGCCUGCGGGAACUCUAUGGACGCUCAUGAAGCUGCGCAGAUGCACCAGAACUUCUCCCAGCAGCUCCUGCAGGACCACAUCGCCGCCUGCAGCCUCCCAGAACACAACCUCAUCAGUUGGACUGAAGGUCCUCCUCCUGUGCAGAUUCAAGCUCAGAACGGACCCACCACCAGCCUGGCCAGCCUGCUUUAAACACACACACACACACACACACACACACACACACACACACUCAUAACACACACACUCUCUCUCUCACGGGACGAGCGAGACUCCGCUGCCUUUCAUCUGCAGACUUCUCUCUUGUAUCGUUCAGAUUUUAACUUAUUGAGUUGUUCACGGUUUACGUCUUCGUUUGCGUUUGAUUGGCUGUGUUCAGAGCGAGGACAGACCGGGGGUCAGAGGUCAAAGGUCACAGCGCGCUGGCGUUCUGCUCUGUUUUAACGCUGUCGUCACACAUCGCUCCUCACAGGACAGCUCAUCAGAUCCACAAACUCGUCGGUUCACAUUCGCCUCGAAACAGAACGUUCAGCAGAAAGAAGCCUGAGUUUUUUGCGUGCUUCGACACGUUUAACCCCUAAAUUCUCAUCGCUGCGAUCUUCAUUUUGUCGACGUUUGAUUUAUUUCUGCGUUCUGUGCUCUUUUAAUACAUCUUUACAGUAUUUAUGUGCUUGCGUGUGCUUCUCGCACAGAUGCGUUCAUGAGAAGACUUUACAGGAAGUAUGAUUUUCAUUCGUUUGCGCUGAAGGUGGGUGUGUGUCAGGCAGCAGGAAGUGGAGGUCAUGUGACCAGAGGAGCUCUUCACCAGUCUCCAGUUUUCUAUGCGCUGAUAUUUUUACACACGACUCAUUUUGUUUUGUACCUGCACGUCUCAUGUUUUACCUUCUGUACAAACGCUGUGAGGACACUCUUUUCUUUUAAAGGUAUUUACCUCUUUUCCUCUGUAGUUUUAACAAAUACAUUUAUUAAAUUUUGUAAAGUUUGAAUAUUUAUAUACCACAUUUAACAAUAUUAUAAUCUUUGUCAUUAUUUUGAUUUGGAAUAGCCUGUUUGUAUAAAUGUUAUGAGAACUGUUUCUGUAGUGUCAGACGCUCCGAGCAGCGGGUAGUAAAGGCUCAUUCUGCUCUUUCUAAUAACUGUUUUUAAACUCUCAUAUUAUUUCUUUGUGUCUGCUUCAGAAUCAUCAGGAUUUUUUAAAUAAAAUUGGAGAACUGUA